AUGUCUUCCCGAUUUCCCCUCCUCCGUCUUCCUCGAUUGGUUCUGUUCGAGGUAUUCAAAGCAUUGAGUAUCGAUGAGAAAAUCAAGCUCUCCCUAUGCUCCAAGAAAAUCUCCACUCAAAUCAAUAAUGCUCGUUUGUACUCUCAAAAAGUUAUAGUCGCUUUAGACUUGUUAUACAAAGAAAUCAACGUAUACUCUGAAAAUAAGAAAGAUACACUUGAAAUCUCCAUUCAUCCAGAUCCCAGAAAAACUCUCAAUUCAAGUACUCGACAAUUUUUUACCGCAUGUUAUACCAAAGGGAUCACAAUAUUCUGGGAGAAUCAUCGAGAUGGAUAUCUAUCUGUUAUUCGACAUAUGUCGAAGAUGUUUCAAUGCAAGUUUUCAAUUAGUAAAAACUUCAACAGUGAUAUAUAUCAACCAGUAGUUUCUGAGUUGUUUGAUCUACAACAGGAAUUCAAGACGUUCACUAUUGAUCUUAAUGUAUUAAAAGAUCUAAAGUUGUGGGACCAUAUAUCCACUAAAUUUGGACUAGUUGAGUAUCUUAAAAUCUCAUCCUUUGUUAAUUCUGAUUUCAAACUAGUUAUUACUUCCUGGCCACAAGAAAUUAUUAUAAUGAGAUCCGAUUGGAUCACUUUGGAUUCUCUUUUGACGUGCACUUGCACUAAAAUUACACUCGGAGAAUUGGGAAACAAGGAUUUUGAUGAGAUACUCAAGAAGUGGAAAACUGGAGGAUUCCCAAAACUCAAACAACUGAAAAUCUAUAGCAUGAGGAUCACAAAUAAUGUAGAACAUAUUUUGGGAAUGAAUUUUUGGGAAUUAUCCAAGAAGGUUAUCCAAACUAAUGAUGGAUCAAAGAAAGCAACUAUUAACACUGGUUACGGUAGAGUUGAAAUGUCUGUAACUCCAGCUGAAUAA